AUGGAAACAGAACAUGAUGAAAACUAUGAAGAAAUAGCAGCAGCAAACCGUUCAAUCCGAGGAAAAAGUGAUAUUGCUUGGUCUCAUGUCAUUCAAUCAAAAGAUGCAAGAGGGAAAACAGUUUUGGAGUGUGCAUAUUGUCACAAAAAAAAAUUAGGAGGUGGAAUUAAUAGGAUGAAACACCAUCUUGCUGGUGUGAAAGGGAAUACUGAUGCGUGUUUGGUCAUUCCUGCAGAUGUGCGAUAUAAGAUACAAAACGCAUUGAAAGAUAUUGAGAACAAGAAGAAGAAAAACAUUGUUUUGGGUGAUAUGAACUUAGACGGUCCAGAAAUUUAUGAUGUUGAUGGAGACGAUAUCAAUGUUCGCCCAAGUCAAAAGAGGAGGAAACAAGGUAUUGAUCUACACAACUACUUUAAAAGAGGUGUGCAUGAUCAGACCCAACCUUCUAUAAAAGCGUGUAUGCAAAGUAAAGAGAGAAUACAUGAUGUGGAUAUGUCUGUUGCAUUGUGGUUCUAUGACGCUUGUAUUCCGAUGAAUGCUGUGAAUUCUCCACUUUUCCAGCCCAUGAUGAGUAAGGUAGCAAGUAUGGGGCAUGGAUAUGUGGGACCUUCAUACCAUGCUCUACGUGUUGGAUUGUUGCGAGAUGCUAAGGUGCAAGUUUCUUUGAUAAUUGAUGAAUUUAAAAGUACUUGGGCUACUACUGGAUGUACUCUUAUGGCAGAUGGAUGGAAGGACACAAGACAAAGGCCGCUGAUUAAUUUUUUAGUUUAUUGUCCUAAAGGAAUUACGUUUCUCAAGUCGGUUGAUGCUUCUGAUAUAUAUGCAAAUGCUGAGAAUUUAUGCAACUUGUUUGCUGAACUUGUGGGUAUGAUCGGUGCAGAUAAUGUGGUUCAUUUUGUGACUGAUAGUGCACCCAACUACAAAGCUGCAGGAAAGCUUCUUGUUGAAAAGUUUCCCACCAUUGCUUGGUCUCCAUGUGCAGCUCAUUGUAUCAAUCUAAUAUUGGAAGAUGUUGUAAAACUACCUUCUGUUCAUAGUUUAGUGCACCGUAUGGCUAAGGUGACCAUCUUUGUUUACAACCACAAGUCGACUUUAAAUUGGGUCAGAAAAAGACCAGGUUGGAAAGAGAUCAUUCGUCCUGGAGAGACACGUUUUGCUACAAAUUUCAUUGCUCUACAAAGCCUCUAUCAACAUAAAGAAGAUCUACAAGCUUUGGUUACAAGUACAGAUCCUGAACUUAAGCAGCUUUUCAAAACAUCUAAAGCAAAGGAAGCUAAAUUAGUUAUCUUGGAUGAGCGAAUGUGGAAUGAUUGCUUGAUAAUAGUCAAGAUUAUGACUCCUAUAAUCCGUUUGUUACGUAUUUGUGAUGCUGAUGAGAAGCCUUCGUUGCCAUAUGUGUAUGAAGGGAUGUAUCGAGCAAGAUUAGGCAUUAAAAAGAUGUUCCAAGAAAAAGACGCUCUCUACAAACCUUAUACAACCAUCAUUGAUAGAAGAUGGGCCGGCUAA